GGGGUCCCCCUGUACGCAGCCCCCGCGUCCCACCCCAGAGGUGGCCACAUCUCCAUCUGCCCCCCCUUCCACCCCUCCUCAGAUGAGACGGCGGCCGAGCGGGAGAAGAAGGUCCUGGAGCAGGCGAAGAAGCGAGCGCUGAGCAGCUCCGUCAUCCGGGAGCUGAAAGAACAGUUCUCGGAGGCGCCGGAGGAAAUCCGCGAAGGGCGCUACCUGCACGCGACCAGGCAGAGCCAGGAGGAUGAGCACAGGAGGCGCUACGAGGAGGCCAUGCUGGUGAGGCUGAACGUGAGCCGGCAGGACAAGGCCCGGCGGCGCCGGGCGGCCGCGCUGGGGGCCCAGCUCCACUCCCUGACCCACUUCGGUGACAUCAGCGCCCUGACGGGGGCAGCGCCCCCCACUGGAGAGGCUCUGAGCCCCCAGCGGAAGAGGAGGAAGAAGAUGAGUGCGAAGAGGGGGAGGAAGAAGGGUGAGUGGAAGGGCAGUCCCUCCAAAGCCAGUGGCGGGGGGUUCCACAGGUGAACAGCAGCCCGAGGAGCUGCUAGACCCAGCUGGGAGUCCGGUCCGCAGGGGCCUGGCCCUGGAAGGCGGGGGGGCUGUGAUGGGUUAGAGCUGGGGGGGCAGGACGCCAGGGUUCUCUCCCGGCUCUGGGAGGAGAGUGGGGGCUGGGAUCUGUCACUCGGCUGCUUGCUGUCCUUCUGCACUCCCUUAUUCACUUUCUUUUGUAGGUUUCCAGAGGCGAUAGCGGAGCGACGCGCCACCCCCCC